CCAAUAGCUUAAAAAAUGUUAGUACGGCCCAUUAAUCUGAAGAAAACUUUGACCCGGCUCUGUUCUCGUAACUCCAUCGACUCUGUUUCGACCAUUUCAGCGAUUCUGAGUUGUAUUAGCUCAAAUCCUCUCUCUCGCAGAGGAGUCUCAGGUCAUCGAUACCAAAUCAAGAUAAUUGAGGAAUUCCAAAAGUGUCAUUUAGAUCAUCCCAUUGGAAAGUUCUUCGGAGACUGUACAGAGCUGAAAGUAAAGCUUCUUCAUUGUUUCCGCCAAGAGAAAGCUGUGAAGCGGAAGGUAAAUUUCGAACAAAGCAAGAAACUUCAAGAAAGACUUAAAGCUAUAAGGAAAGACGAAAAUGCAGAGACUUGAGAGCAUUCUUGGGUCCUCAUCUCAGAUAUGUAUGUCUAUUUCAAAACAAAACCACGUUUCUAAAUCGAUGAUAUUGUGCAUCUAUUGAGUAGGGCUUCUAAGGGUUUGUAUUGAAGUGAGUGUAAGGCCACUUAGCUUUGGUCUGCAACAACAGGACACGUUCUUACACAACUUGCUUUAUUUAUGGAUUUACAAGUAGCUACACAACGUGGCUUAAUUGUGGCUACAAAAUAAUAUUUGUAUUCAAUCUCCAAAGUAUUUUUUUGGAAACUGGUACUUGUCAUUUUUUUUUAUGACCGUUUCAGAGACUGUUGAGUCUGUAUGACAUAUCUAUGAACGUUUAUUCAAGUCU